AUGGAGCGCCGGGUCGACCAGCUGACCGGGGCCCACUUGGCCUCCGGGUUGAGGGAGCAGCGGGUCGAUCAGCCGGCCGGGGCACACUUGGCCUCCACAUUGAGGGAGCGGCAGGUCUACCAGCCGGCCAGGGCCCUAUUGGCCUCCAGGUCGAGGGAGUGGCGGGUAACGGCAGGUCGAUCAGCUGGCUGGGGCUCACUUCGCCUCCCGGUCGAGGGAUCUCAGGGUCGACCAGCAGGCCGGGGCGACUUGGCCUAUGGAUUCAUGGAGUGGUGGGUUGACCAGCCCACUGGAGCCCCAUUGCCCUCCGGGUCGAUGGAGCAGCGGGUCGAUCAGCUGGCCAGGACCCACUUGGCCUCUGCCUCGAGGGUGCAGCGGGUCUACCAGCCGGCCGGGGCCCAGUUGGCCUCUGGGUCAAGGUAG